ACCUUUUUACAUACAAAUAAUUAAACAAAAUCUCAAAGUCAUUGCCGUGUCUGACCUCAAAAGUCAUACGCCAAGCUGCUCUUCUUUACAUAUAUACAUAUACUUUUAGAGAGAGAAAUCAUAUAUAUUUUAGAGAGAGAAAGCUAAGAUUUUAUUACAAGAUAUGAGAGGUGUGAAUGAUACCAUGGUGACCAUCAACGCUGCCGCGUCGGCGAUCGAGACGGCGGAGAAUAGAGCUGCUCAGUCAUCUUCUUCUGCUUCUUCAGCUCAGAAAAGAAGAUGGGGAAGCUGUUGGAACAUUACGUGGUGUUUCAGAUCUCAAAAGCAAAGCAAGAGAAUCGGGCAUGCGGUCCUAGUUCCCGAACCUGGUUCCUCAAGAAAUGAGGCUCCAUCAACUACAAAUAUGUCUCAACAACCUUCUAUAGUACUUCCGUUUAUCGCCCCACCCUCUUCUCCAGCAUCUUUCCUUCAAUCAGAACCACCGUCUGCCACCCAUUCACCAGGUGGAUUCUUAUCCUUCACCUCUGUCUCAGCUAGCAUGUACUCACCUGGCGGCCCAGCUAAUAUUUUUGCUAUUGGCCCGUAUGCCCAUGAAACACAAUUGGUGUCGCCACCAGUAUUCUCGACCUAUACCACUGAGCCAUCCACCGCACCUUUUACACCUCCGCCUGAGUCUGUUCAUCUGACAACACCCUCUUCCCCGGAAGUCCCUUAUGCUCGGCUGUUGGGAACGAAUAAUCAAAAUAACGCCAUACCCUAUGAGUUCCAAUCUUAUCAGUUUUACCCAGGAAGCCCGAUGUGCCAUUUGAUAUCACCAACUUCAGGGAUUUCUAACUCAGGCACCUCGAGCCCAUUUCCAGAUGGAGAUUUCAAUCGCGGUGGCCCCUACUUUCAUCAAUUCUCCACGAGUGGAAAAAUAUCGCCUUGCCAAUGGGAAUCAAGAACAGGAUCUGGGACUAUGACACCAGAUCCUUUGGGUCCCAGAUCCCGUGACGGAUAUUUACUCAAGACUAUGGGAGCUAGAAAUGAAGAUCAGCCCCAUUUGGUAGAUCACAGGGUCUCAUUUGAGGUGACACCAGAACAAGUUGUCAGAUGUGUCGAAAGGAGGCGCUCUGCUGACGUGGCAAACGGUUGGGAUUCUCAUACCGAUGACCUGUCAAAAGGUAAUGAAUAUGGGGAGGUUGGGCAAAGACAUCAGAAGCAUAGAUCCACCACCACACUUGGAUCUGUCAAGGAGUUUAACUUUGAUAGUACAGAUGGAGCCGAAUCAGAUUGGUGGGCUAGUGAAAAAGUUAUUGGAAGGGAAAAUGGGUCGAUCAAGAACUGGUCUUUCUUCCCGAUGAUGCAGCCAGGUGUCAGUUAAUGGUUUGGUGCCACAACCUGAAUUUCAAGAAAUUAAGAAACUCUAGAUUCAGAAGCAGAUAGUUCGGACCCUUUCAGGGUUGGUGUUCCUACACAGUAGAGACCCUUUUUUUCCUGCCUAAAAAGCGGCAUAGCACCUAACACUGCUAGAUAUCUGUAAGAUAAAUAAGCGGAUAAGUACUUUGUUUAGUUAAUAGGUAGUUGGAAAACUCAGCUCCGGUUCAAGAUUCAAACCUGUGAGCUCGGACAUUCUGUUGUAGGUCCUUGAGCAACAUUUGACCCUUCACAGUGAGUUUUUAGUCAUCCGAACACGAGAUUACAAAAACGGUUUUCCUCUCCGAAUGGUGUUCAGUAAUACCUACAUUUUAGCACUCUUAAUGCAUUGUAUACUAGUGUAGUGAUCUAUAGAAUUAAGAAAGAAAAUUGCAAGAAGAUCAAGAUCUUGUAUGUAACUAUGUAAGGCAUAUGCCUCAUUGGUUUAGUCAUGUAGACGCAUCAAUGCUGAAAAUGGUUUUCUUUCAAA